GGCCCGGGCCGGGUAGCGUAGGUUGUUUACAUAUCUGGGUGGCCUGGUAUUUUUCCGGGCCAACCAAGGCUCAUUCUCAGCCCUCUUCUCGAGGGGGUCUGCUUCAGGCCGACCAGGGCCAACACACCCACUGCUGACAGCAAAUUCAAACCUUCCAUUAGAGCAAGCCUCUGAUUGGUGGGAAGAAUCAGCCCACAUGGGCUUAAGGCAAGGAUGUGUGGAAUCAACCGGGCCAGGCUGGGGCCGACUGGGGCUACCCGGCCCAGGCCGACCCGGUACAGAUGGGAAUGGCCCAUAAGAGAGCACAAGGGGGGAACCUGGAGUGGAGCACAAGAGGAGCUGGGGAACAAAGGGACACAAGAGGGAAUCUAGAGAGGGAUGGAGGACACCAGGAGGCACAAAGAAAAGGGGCUGACGCAGACCAUGACAACCAGCCAGACAACAUGGUGCACAUGAAAGCCAAAGGAGCUGCAGUUGUUGUGGAAUUAAACUCACUGACAUCUGAAGACCUCAGAGAUGCGAUCAACACCGUCAUCGAUGGCACAACCUACAAAGAAAGUGCUAUGAGACUGUCCAGAAUCCACCACGACAGACCCAUGAGUCCUCUGGACGAGGCGGUUUUCUGGAUCGAGUUCACCAUGAGGCACAAAGGAGCAAAGCACCUGAGGGUCCAGGCCCACGAGCUCACCUGGUACCAGAAUCACAGCCUGGAUGUCCUGAGCUUCCUGCUCUCUGUGGUUCUGCUGCUCCUGUUCCUCCUCGACAAGACCUGCAGGUUCUGUUUCCGGAGGAGCUGCUGCAGAAGGAACACCAAGAGGAAGGCUGAAUAACAAACUCAGCUCAGGUUUAUUAAAGUUAAAUAUUCAAUAGAAAGGCUGACUUAAUAUAGAUUUUAAUCUGUCUUUUGACCACUGACCUCUUGUGUAAAAACAGGGAAGUAAGAAACUGUUUAAAAAAAGCAAAAAACAAAAGUGUUUUGAUGUAUUUUUUAUCUUCUGUGUGAUCAAAUAGGGUUUUGGGUUUUUAUUAUUACAAAAAAGGAAAAGGAAAAACAUCAGUGUCCAAUGUUUUCACUUCUGAAUAAAUGGUUUGUACUUCACAUUUUUUUGUUAAAUUCUGACCAUUGAGUUUUUGCUCAAGUUUCAGUAACUUCUGUCAAACUGUUUAGAAAAAAUAUCAAACAGCCGGGAUUAAACCCGCAACCUUCUGAUUACUGAACGACCCGCUCUCCCUCGGGAGCUACUGCUGUCCAAAUGACUAGUUAUAAAUGACCUGCACUUGUAAAGGGUUUUCAAGUCGGUGUGUGGAGGGAAUUUGGGGUCAAAUGUCAUGCUGCACCUGAGAAGUGAUAUUAGUGGAUUUAUUUAUGGUUUUAUUAGUAAUGUUUCUUCAUGUCUGUGGCUACAGCAGGACAAUGUUUCAUUUAAAUGUUGUUCGGAGGGACCGGCGUCGCCUGCGUAUGGCAGACUCGCCUCUGUCAGGACGCCCCAGGGCAGCUGUCCCAUCUAUUCUGGAAGCAAUUUAACUGCUGAAAUCUUGGGCAUCCCUCUAGUCUUUUCUUUGAGAUUUUCGAUAGCAAACAACUGGGAGAGACUGUGUGGUCAGCUACCUGCUCCACCUUCCUACG